AGACGCUGUCGGGUGCGGACUGUAUGUCUCUUUUCGACUGCAUCUGUCAAACGUUCCGAUAUCGUAAAAGUGUAUCACUUUCAUGAAGCAUGGGAUGUUGGACUGACUGAGAGGAACUCACAACAAUAAUGGCGCGAACUGUGCUAGCAGGCGGGGCCUUGCUCUGCGCCUUGAGCAUAGCACACGCGCUCAUCCUCGUGCCGCACGAUGUCCGGCCCGGGCACGCAGUUCGACAUUUCACCGGCAACCAUUCCAGAUACACGCUCCUUGACCCCGAGUACGCUCCCUUCUUCACACUCCUCGAUGACGGCCUACUCAUGACCACAGCUGACCUAGAACCGCUACUUAAUCAGCCGCUCAACCUCGCCGUCUUGGAGCAAACGCCAUACAGUAGCGCCGCCCACUCCAUCCACCUCUUAGUCGUGGACAGAAGGACGAUGCUACAUUUUGCUGGUGCUGACCACCUGCGGGGAGAGAUUCCCGAAAAUGCGCCAGCAGGCACUGCCGUUGACCUUCCCCCACUCAAGGCUACUGCAUUAGUCGACGUAGGCCCCAUCGCCUACAAAAUUCUCAAGGGGAACCAAGACUCCGUGUUUUCGCUGCGAGAUAAAAGUAAAGGUUCACACGAAAUUCCUGCCGUCAAAUCUGUCAUUACGGAGGGCGAUGUAGAGAUUAUCGCUACGGAACCGUUGGACACUGAAGAAAAGAGUUUCUACGAGUUGGUUAUUCAAGCGACGGACCUUCACGGGGCCAAUAAAGUCAGCCUGCCCGUCCGGAUCGACGUCACUAAUGAAAAUGACCACGAGCCCCUUUUCGAGCAAGAGAUCUAUUAUUUUGCUGUGAAUGGGACACCUAAUGAAAAUGGUCCGAAUGGUUCGGCUCAUUGGCAGAGAUUCUCUAGUAUUGGCACGGUUCACGCUUACGAUGCUGACGGCGAUCGGGUGUAUUAUUCAUUGACUAACCCGAGCAAUCUGGCAGUUAUAGUGCCGCAGACGGGGGAGUUAAUUUUGGCGGGUGAACCUGACAGCCACGAGGCGGAGUUGAGGGUGCUUGCUCACGACACUGGCUCUCCGCCGCGUAAGAGCCGACCUGCUCGCGUCUUUCUCGAAUUCGUGAUCCGCAAUAGAAAGAAAUUGCCAACGCUUCACCGCGAGAAGCGUCGCGUUACUCGUGCAGUCCGUCCGACGAAACGUAUCGAAUUCACCGAAGCUGACGGUGAAGUAGAAGGACGUGCAGUUUUUACGCUUGAAAAAGAAACCGACCGCGAGACAUUUAAAAUUCGGGACGAAAAUCCAUGGGUUACCGUUGAACCAAGUGGUGUAGUGAAAGUUAAAAAGAAGUGGGACUAUGAGGAGUUGGGACCUGAGAAGACCAUUGACUUUUGGGUGACAAUCACCAACGCUGGAAACGGAGUGGCCUUAAAAUACACGGAUAACCAGCGGGUGAUCAUCCACGUGAAGGAUGUCAACGACGAGCCUCCUUACUUUAUCAAUCGACCGCUGCCGAUGCAGACAGUGGUGCAACUCAACGCUGCUCCGAACACUCCAGUCUUCACUCUUCAAGCCCGUGACCCUGACACUGACCACAAUAUCCAUUACUUCAUCGUGCGCGACAGGACUGGAGGAAGGUUCGAGGUGGACGAGAGGUCUGGCGUCGUCAGGACGAGGGGAACAGACCCCUUCCAGUUGGAUAUGGAGUACGUGCUGUAUGUGAAGGCCGAAGAUCAGAGUGGAAGAGUAGACGAAAGGAGGUUCCAGUCAACGCCAGAGGAACGAUUGAGCAUCGUCGGUGGAAAGCGCGCUCCUCAAUUCUACCUACCAAGCUAUGAAGCUGAAAUCGCUGAAAACCAGAAAAAGGAUUCUGACAUAAUCUCGGUCAAAGCGAAGUCCUUCGCCGACCGUGAAAUCCGGUACACCUUGAAGGCUCAAGGACAGGGAGCUGGCACCUUCAACAUCGGCCCCACCUCUGGCAUUGUAAAGCUGGCCAAGGAACUCGACUUUGAAGACCUACGGCAGCCUCACGUGUACUCCUUGGUGGUGACCGCGACGGAAGACUCUGGAGGUUUCUCAACUUCGGUAGAACUCACCAUACGAGUGACAGAUGUCAACGACAACGCUCCCAAGUUCGAGCUGCCGGACUAUCAGGCUCAUAACGUGGAUGAGGACAUCCCGCUUGGCACCAGCAUCCUCAAGGUCAAAGCCAUGGACGCCGACUCCGGGAAGAACGCAGAGAUCGAGUAUUUGGUUUCAGAUGAUCACUUCAGCGUGGAUUCCAAUGGCAUUAUAACGAAUAACAAGCAGUUGGAUGCUGACAACAACAACGCUUAUUACGAGUUUGUGGUCACCGCCAAAGACAAGGGAGAGCCGGCCAAGACUGGAACCGCCACCGUCAGAGUUUACACCAAGAAUAAGAACGACGAAGAACCGAAGUUCUCACAACAGGUAUACACGCCGAAUGUCGACGAAAAUGCUGGCCCAAACACUCUGGUAACCACUGUCGUUGCCUCGGACAAAGAUGGUGACAAUGUCCGAUUCGGAUUCGUCGGUGGCGGCACUAGUUCCGGACAGUUCGUCAUCGAAGAAAUCACCGGUGUAAUUCGACUUCACAACAAAGGCAUAUCCCUAGACCGAGACAAGUACGAACUGAACGUUACUGCGAUGGACGAUGGCGCUUGCUGUGUCAAUGGCGACGCUACCAUACACACGUCGACUGCGGUCGUCGUAGUCUUUAUCACAGACGUAAACGACAACAAACCUAUCUUCAAAGACUGUCCCACGUAUUUCCCGAAAGUGGAAGAAGGUGCACCAAACGGCAGUCCCGUCAUAAAAGUACACGCAACAGAUGAAGACAAAGGCGUCAACGGUCAAGUGAAAUAUUCGAUAGUACAGCAACCAAACCAGAAGGGGACAAAAUUCACUGUUGACGAAGAAACUGGCGAAGUGUCCACUAACAAAGUAUUCGACAGGGAAGGUGAUGAUGGAAAGUUUGUAUCGGUGACCGUAAAGGCCACGGACCAGGGAGAACCCUCCCUGGAAGGUGUCUGCUCGUUCACAGUUGAAAUUACUGACGUUAACGAUAACCCUCCACUAUUCGACCGACAAAAAUAUGUGGAGAAUGUAAAACAAGACGCCAGUAUUGGUACAAAUAUUUUAAGAGUAUCGGCUUCCGACGAAGAUGCCGAUAAUAAUGGCGCCAUAGUUUAUACUUUGAGCGCACCUUUUAACCCCGCCGAUAUUGAAUAUUUUGAGAUCCAACCUGAAUCAGGUUGGAUCGUACUCAAGAAGCCUUUGGACCGGGACAGGUAUCGGCUGCGCGUGCGCGCGUCGGACCGCGGCGCGCCGCCCUCCUCGGCGGACGUGGACGUUGAGUUAGACGUGGUAGACAGGAACAAUAAGCCCCCCAUCUGGGACAUGACCACGUAUGGCCCCGUUCACAUCAAAGAGAAUGUCACAGUGGGUACCGUAGUGACCAGUGUGAAAGCCAGCUCGGGAAUAGAAAACAAUCCGACGGUGUUCUACCGCUUGAUGCCAGGAUCGACAGCACAGACCAAUAAGUUCCAUACAUUCUAUUUGCAACAACGAGCCGACAAUGGGAAUACUUGGGCGGACAUAAAAGUAAAUCAUCCGUUGGACUACGAAAGCAUCAAGGAAUACAAUUUGACCAUUCGUGUAGAGAACAACGGCGCCCAACAACUGGCUUCAGAAGCAACGGUGUACAUCCAGUUGGAAGAUGUGAAUGAUGAGAUCCCACUCUUCACGGAGCGAGAGCAAGAGACAGUGCUGGAAGGCGAGCCCAUAGGGACCAAGGUCACGCAGGUCAACGCCAUCGACAAGGAUGGAACGUUCCCGAAUAACCAGGUGUACUACUACAUCGUGGACUCACCUCGCAACGAGGGCAAGGACUUCUUCGAGAUCAGCAUGCAGACCGGGGAGAUCUUCACCAAGGUGGUGUUCGACAGGGAGAAGCAGGGCGCCUACGCGUUGGAGGUGGAGGCGAGGGACGGCGCUCCGUCGGCGCGGCCGAAUUCCGACAACCAGCCCAAUUCAGGUAGGUGA